AGAAACAACUAAAGCUAGCCUCCAACUACUUUAAGAAAAAUGAAGAAUACUGGCUUCAAAGUUAUUGCCUUGACACUUCUUGCUCUUGUGGCUGCCCAAUGGUUGGGCUCCGAGGCCCAGAGUUGCCAGCUGAGUGGUCAAUUCCGAGGCAGGAAGGCUCCCCUAGACCAAUGCAACACGAUAAGUGACUCAGAAUGCUGCAAGGAAGGCAGGAUGUACCCUGUCGACAAGCACUCACCUGCAGUUUCAAGCCACACCAAGGCCAUCUUAACUAUCAACAGCUUCCAGAAGGGCGGGUCUGGGGGUGGCCCAUCGGAGUGUGACGGUCAGUAUCACUCCGAUAGCACCCGGAUUGUUGCCCUGUCGACAGGAUGGUUCAACCACAGGAGUAGGUGCCACCGGAACAUAAUCAUAAAAGGGAAUGGGAGGAGCGUGAGGGCCAUGGUGGUGGAUGAAUGUGACUCCAACAGGGGAUGUGCUAACAAUAUUGUUGAUGCAUCCCGGGCCGUGUGGGAAGCCUUGGGUGUCCAGCCGAACAGCAAUAAAUGGGGUCGGAUGGAUGUUACUUGGUCCGAUGCUUGAUCAGUCUCGUACACUGGUUAUGAUGCAGUGCCGGUUAUACCAAUAAAUCUCCUAAUAAACAUGUAGCCCGUAUCCUUGGUUUGAAAAUGCCGUUUACUAGUAACUUUGUUCUAUUUUUCUUUCUUAGUGACAGAAUUUACACUCAAAAUUAUUUGAAUAUCGCUGAUUUCAUAUACUGGACCUUCGUUUAUCUCAGAGGAA